GAGCUGCGAAUUGUCUCGUCAUCAUGUGACGUAACCUAAACGUCACGAUCCUGCGUUUGUAUAAAUACAGUAGCGCUGGUGCUUUCCUUCAGUUUUCAACAAAGAGGAAGUGCUUUAUGUUACAGAAGAAUUUUCACAGUUAUCAAGCGAACUUUAAAGAUGCAGAUCUUCGUUAAGACCCUCACCGGCAAAACCAUCACCCUCGAGGUUGAACCAAGUGACACCAUUGAGAAUGUCAAAGCUAAGAUCCAGGACAAAGAAGGCAUUCCCCCUGACCAGCAGAGGUUGAUCUUUGCCGGCAAACAGCUGGAAGAUGGCCGCACUCUGUCAGACUACAACAUCCAGAAAGAGUCGACCCUCCAUCUUGUGCUGCGACUCAGGGGAGGCAUGCAGAUCUUCGUCAAGACCCUCACCGGCAAAACCAUCACCCUCGAGGUUGAGGCAAGUGACACCAUUGAGAACGUCAAAGCCAAGAUCCAGGACAAAGAAGGCAUUCCCCCUGACCAGCAGAGGUUGAUCUUUGCCGGCAAACAGCUGGAAGAUGGCCGCACUCUGUCAGACUACAACAUCCAGAAAGAGUCCACCCUCCAUCUUGUUCUGCGACUCAGGGGAGGCAUGCAGAUCUUCGUCAAGACCCUCACCGGCAAAACCAUCACCCUCGAGGUUGAGCCAAGUGACACCAUUGAGAACGUCAAAGCAAAGAUCCAGGACAAAGAGGGCAUUCCCCCUGACCAGCAGAGGUUGAUCUUUGCCGGCAAACAGCUGGAAGAUGGCCGCACUCUGUCAGACUACAACAUCCAGAAAGAGUCCACCCUCCAUCUUGUUCUGCGACUCAGGGGAGGCAUGCAGAUCUUCGUCAAGACCCUCACCGGCAAAACCAUCACCCUCGAGGUUGAGCCAAGUGACACCAUUGAGAACGUCAAAGCAAAGAUCCAGGACAAAGAGGGCAUUCCCCCUGACCAGCAGAGGUUGAUCUUUGCCGGCAAACAGCUGGAAGAUGGCCGCACUCUGUCAGACUACAACAUCCAGAAAGAGUCCACCCUCCAUCUUGUGCUGCGACUCAGGGGAGGCAUGCAGAUCUUCGUCAAGACCCUCACCGGCAAAACCAUCACCCUCGAGGUUGAGGCAAGUGACACCAUUGAAAACGUCAAAGCCAAGAUCCAGGACAAAGAAGGCAUUCCACCUGACCAGCAGAGGUUGAUCUUUGCCGGCAAACAGCUGGAAGAUGGCCGCACCCUGUCAGACUACAACAUCCAGAAAGAGUCGACCCUCCAUCUUGUGCUGCGACUCAGGGGAGGCAUGCAGAUCUUUGUCAAGACCCUUACCGGCAAAACCAUCACCCUCGAGGUUGAGCCAAGUGACACCAUUGAGAACGUCAAAGCAAAGAUCCAGGACAAAGAGGGCAUUCCCCCUGACCAGCAGAGGUUGAUCUUUGCCGGCAAACAGCUGGAAGAUGGCCGCACCCUGUCCGACUACAACAUCCAGAAAGAGUCCACCCUCCAUCUUGUGCUACGACUCAGAGGAGGCAUGCAGAUCUUCGUCAAGACCCUCACCGGCAAAACCAUCACCCUUGAGGUUGAAGCAAGUGACACCAUUGAGAACGUCAAAGCAAAGAUCCAGGACAAAGAAGGCAUUCCUCCUGACCAGCAGAGGUUGAUCUUUGCCGGCAAACAGCUGGAAGAUGGCCGCACUCUGUCAGACUACAACAUCCAGAAAGAGUCGACCCUCCAUCUUGUGCUGCGACUCAGGGGAGGCAUGCAGAUCUUCGUCAAGACCCUCACUGGCAAAACCAUCACCCUCGAGGUUGAGGCAAGUGACACCAUUGAGAACGUCAAAGCCAAGAUCCAGGACAAAGAAGGCAUUCCACCUGACCAGCAGAGGUUGAUCUUUGCCGGCAAACAGCUGGAAGAUGGCCGCACUCUGUCAGACUACAACAUCCAGAAAGAGUCGACCCUCCAUCUUGUGCUGCGACUCAGAGGAGGCAUGCAGAUCUUUGUCAAGACCCUCACCGGCAAAACCAUCACCCUUGAGGUUGAAGCAAGUGACACCAUUGAGAACGUCAAAGCAAAGAUCCAGGACAAAGAAGGCAUUCCUCCUGACCAGCAGAGGUUGAUCUUUGCCGGCAAACAGCUGGAAGAUGGCCGCACCCUGUCAGACUACAACAUCCAGAAAGAGUCGACCCUCCAUCUUGUGCUGCGACUCAGGGGAGGCAUGCAGAUCUUCGUCAAGACCCUCACUGGCAAAACCAUCACCCUGGAAGUUGAGGCAAGUGACACCAUUGAGAAUGUCAAAGCCAAGAUCCAGGACAAAGAAGGCAUUCCCCCUGACCAGCAGAGGUUGAUCUUUGCCGGCAAACAGCUGGAAGAUGGCCGCACUCUGUCGGACUACAACAUCCAGAAAGAGUCGACCCUCCAUCUUGUGCUCCGUCUCAGAGGAGGCAUCUGAUAACAUUAUUCAUGUCAACUGUUUAUUAUUAUGAAUGCCAUGUAGUUUUUUUUCAGUCUGCCCUGUUCACAUGCACUCCCCAAUUUUUUCUUAACCAUACUUUCCCAUACAUAGUCUACCUUAUUUAAACUAUUGCUGAACCCCACUACUUUUCCUGUUUUUUUUUUUUUGUACCCGUGUAAAAGAAUGACAAAUAAAAGCUCUGAAGUUUAAAAUUG